GUCCGGCACUGACAACACCAUGCUGAUAUUUUAUCGAAUAGUGUGAGGGUACCUCGACCACCUGAAAAGAUGAUAGACGUUGACAAACGCGAUGUCCUGCAGGUUACUUGGCCGAAAUGGAAGAAUAACUAUCUUCCAAAACAAAAAGACCCACCCACGGAAGUUCAAGAAAAUCCUUUAGAAAAGAAAACCAUGAAUUCCUUCAUCUUCCGACGUCUGACUGUUGUGCUGGAGUUCAACUCCAUGAUGCCAUUCAAGGAAAAAGCCAGGUGGCGAAAGAAGAUUACAGAAAAUGGCGGAACUGUGUCUUAUAUAAUAACAAAGAAGGUAUCCUGUUUGGUUUUGUUUAACGAUAUGUUGGAGAAGACUACAUACAAGGUUCGACAGGCAAGACGCUCUGGAGUGCCUGUGUUGAGGGCAGAAUUUAUUGAUGACAGUCUGCAGCAAAGCCAGAGGCUCUCCAUGACUCCAUACCUGGCUGGAGAGGCCAUGGAUGGCAAGAACUUUCAGAAAGGAAAAAUAUUGAGCACUGACAAGCAGCAGGGAUUGAUAAGAAAGAAGAGACGGAAAAUCCAUCUAAACUUGAACAUUGCAGAGUGCUGGCCUCUCGGAGACCCAGAUAGCCCCGAGUUUAAUGAGGAAGAAUAUGCUGUAGCCAAAUGGGCUGUGUUAAAAUCAAAAGAGUCUGUCCAGCUCCUGGAGAUACAUGCCAGCCAAUCUGAUGUUGACCUUCCUUUCAGACUGUACUCCCAGGCCGGGUCAUUGGCACAGAAAAAGACAAGUGACAACAAGGACGCUCCUGUAGCCUGGUAUGUGCACACUUCUGAUGAAGCUCUCAGUGGAUAUGAACAGUUGUACCGCCGAUACACCUCACAUCCCUAUAACAUGUCCAUAUGGGAUAACCCUGUGCUAACUGACAAUGCCAUGGGUUCUACCAAACUCCGAAUGUUGUUGGGAGAGUUGUGUACCCUGACAACAGAGAUCGGUCCAGAUGUUGGUCGGUUGGUGGAACUGGUCUGGGCAGAGGCCAGUCAUGAAGCUGAGACGCAACUAGACAUGAAACUUCAGCACAUCAAACAGGAAAAGAUUGAGGAGGCAGAGGCAAUACUUCUACAACUGAAGGCAGCAGUGAUGAAAGGAGCAGACGCCACCACAAUAAAAAGUUUAUUGAAGGAGUUCUACUCUGCCAUGCCUUAUAAACGCAGCUUCAGAAAGGAUACCAUGUCACUGAAAGACAUCUCCACCAAACAGGACCAGUGUCAGCUUGUAAAUGACAUCCUAGGUGUUAGUGAGGCUACAGACUGGUCCAAUGAGGCAACUACCUAUGCUAAAUAUAGAGCUCUUCGUUGUCAUCUGACCUGUCUCGACCAAUCAUCAGCAGAGUUUAAACAUGUAUCAGAUAUGGUGACAAGUACAUCAGAGAGUGUUAAGGUGAGGAACAUCUACAGUGUCGGUCGUACUCUAGAGGAAUUAGAAUUCCAGACAGACGUUGGAAAUGUUAAGAGAUUGAUGCAUGCAUCAUCCACACAUAACUUUCUAGGGAUAAUGUCCAGGGGGUUGUUGCUACCUAACCUUGUGGAAAGUGUCCACGGGAUCAACAGAACAGACAGAGGCAUGUUAGGAUGUGGAAUAUAUUUCUCCGAUUCUGCAAGCACUUGCAUAAAGUACUCAGUUCCAAGUACUGUCUAUGGCUGUCGCCUGCUGCUGGUGUGCGAUGUGGCAUUGGGACGUCAAUGUCCCUACACUAGCACAGACUACACUCUCACAGCCCCUCCCACUGGCUACCAUAGCACCCAUGGGGUCAAAAGGUCAGCUGAGGUUAACAGUCAUUUUGAGGGUAAUGAAUUUGUGGUGUACAGUCCGAAACAACAGAGAAUGAGGUAUGUUGUUGAGUUUUCUCUCCCAGAAGAUCCUGACGUAUCCCUCCCUUCUGUCACUCUCCAGUCUGACACAGACGAUGAUCACCUCUCCGACAACCUCGCUGAUGUUGAUAUAUCAGAUGUGAAAGACAUUCCAGACCCACUCCAAAAAGUCACUGGUGGUCUGAUAGGGGGUAAAAAGUCUGUACCUCUGAAGAGUGUCCAUGUGAGAGCCAGAAUGCUGGACAUGGUGGCCAAGGUUAGCUAAGAUUUUUAUUAUUUGCAGUUGUGGUACUUACAGAAAUAUAGAAAUGACAAUGACUCAGCGAUCGAAGCCAAAUACAUCUUUCCCUUGGACGACACGGCAGCUGUGUGUGGGUUUGAAGCAUUUAUCAAUGGAAAACACAUUAUUGGUAAGGUGAAGGAAAAACAGACUGCCCACAAGGAGUACAAGGAAGCGAUCAGUAAAGGACAUGGUGCAUAUCUCAUGGAUGAGGAAGAACCGGAUGUGUUUACAGUGAGUGUAGGAAACCUACCACCUAAAUCUGAUGUCCUGAUCAAGAUCACCUACAUCACAGAGCUACAGGUGGAGGGGGAGAGUAUCACCUUCAGGGUGCCUGCUUCUGUUGCGCCUUGGAUCAAGGACACAGCACUGGCACAAAAGACUCAGUUUGACCUUGACACUCUUAAGAUCCAGGAUGGCGGAAGGUCAUCACUGUCACUGCAGGUUUCCGUGGAGAUGCCUUUUAAUAUACGCAGUGUGAUGUCACCAACCCAUCAAAUCAAAUAUAAGCAAACAGCCACUAAAGCUGUGGUAGAACUCCCAAAGAAUGCUAGACUGGAUGAUGGGUUUAUUUUGCUGGUUAAUCUGGCUGAAAUCCAUGUACCUCGUAUGUGGGUAGAGAGGCAUCCCACCAAGGCUAGUCAGGCCUGUAUGUUGGCUUUCUAUCCUGAGUUUGAGGCAGAAUUAGAAGAGGAUCCAGAGGUCAUUUUUUUGCUGGACAUGUCAAAUUCUAUGAAAGGACAGUCAGCUCGAGAUGCCAAAAAGGUGUUCCUAUUAGCUGUUGAAAAGCUACCUGAGAAAGCCUUCAUCAAUGUGGUCAGUUUUGGAACGUCCUACACAGAGCUCUUCCCUGUACCCAAGAGAAAGACGAAACAGACUCUACAGAAAGUCACAGACUUUAUACAGGCUGCGCAGCCAUACUUAGGAGGAAGCAACAUUGAUUACCCAGUAGAAUCCUUGUUCCUUCUCAGUCCAGCAGAGGGCAGCAGGAGUGUCUUUCUCAUCUCAGAUGGUUACCUUAGCAACAGUGAUGUGCUGCUAUCAACUGUCAGAAAAGGAAAUGCUAAAAAUAGAAUCUCCACCAUUGGUGUUGGACCAAACGUGAACCAUCACCUAAUGCGGAGCCUGGCAUCUCGAGGAGGUGGUACCUACUACCACUACAACUACAAGACUCGCUCUGUCUGGGAGGCCAGGAUUAACUCACAGAUUCAGAAGGCAUGUUGUCCAGGUAUCUCAGGUGUAAAGGUUGAGUGGCAGCAACACAAUGAUACACCUGACUCUCCUCUCCAGGCACCAAACCACAUUCCUAGUCUGUUUUCAGGGUCACGACUGGUUGUAUACGGAUUUGUACCCAACUGUACACAGGCUUAUCUGAAGGCAUCUGUUGAUAACAUGGAGAUUUCUACCAUGGUGGCAACGACAGAACUUAACAUUACACAAGGGGAAAUGCUGCAUCAGCUGACAGCUCGUGCCUUGAUACGUGACUAUGAGGAUGGAAUCCUCUGUGAGGAUAAGAUCAAACAACGGGUGCUGAAACAGGAAAGGAAGAAUACCAUUAUACAGCUGAGUACAGAGUACUCCAUAGUAACCCCCUACACUAGCUUUGUGGCCAUUGAGGAAAGAGAUCAGAAUGAAAAGGUAAUGGAGGGUCCGUCUAUUGAUGAACUUGUAGCUGAGGAAACAGUGGACAUUUUAGAUUAUGUUGGGUGGCAGAACCCAGAUGUUUUUGAUGAAAAGGAACCAGUGGAAAUUGUGGAAGAGCUGUUGAGGAAAGCCUUGAUUGCAGAGAAUUUUUCACAACUGGAAGCUAACAGAGCCUAUGUGUCUAUCUUAGAUUACAAACCAUGCCUUCAGACUGAUACCAACUACGACCUCAGGGAAAAGGUCAUGGAAGCAGUCGAAAAAUUCUUCACCUAUUCCAAGGAUGAUAUCAGCCAAAAUGUGUUGACAGAGUUCCGUAAAAGUUUCCCUAUCUUGUCGACAAUCGAAGUAAAAACACUUACUGGUAAGACUGUUUGUGUGACGGUGUCUAGUACGGAUACUGUGGCUGAUUUAAAGGACAAAAUCUACAAGAUAGAAGGAAUUGUCCAAGACCAACAGAGGUUGAUUCAUGACCGCUUUCCAUUGAAGAAUGAGGUUACUGUAUCAGAUCUUGAUCUGCAGAAUAAUCCUAUCUUCCUGGUAAUGCGUCUGCGAGGCGGAGUACCUUCUACAAUACAAACCCUGAAAUCGUCUACGAUUCCUUACAAGGGCAUUGCUAAGCCAGGACAAAUUCUAAAGCCAAAACUGCAUCAAUAUGAACAAGAGCAAUUUCCACAGCAGCAGCAACAGCAACAGCAACCGCUGCAAUGGGAACAACAACAACUUAAUCAACAACAACUUCAACAACAACAACAGCAGCAACAACAAAACAACGAGCAACAGCAACAACAACAACAGCAACAGCAACCGCUGCAAUGGGAAAAACAGCAACAACAACUUCAGCGAUUACAACUUCAACAGGAGCAGCAGCAACAACAGCAACAACAACAGCAACCUCUGCAAUGGGAACAACAGCAACAAAAACAACUUGGUCAGCUACAAAGGCAUUUGUCUGUUUCAAGAGAACAUGUUUUAACCAGAAAUCCACGUUCUUCUGUACCUGCUGAAGAGCACAGUGAAACUGAUGAAAGUGAGGAGGACAGUUCCUGUGAUGAAUUUGAAGAAACAUCAGAAAGGGAAUCUUCAUUUAUUCCAAGAAAACAGAUUGCAACCAAAGCUGCCAGACGUUCUUCUGUACCUGCUAAAGAGCACAUUGAAACUGAUGAAAGUGAGGAGGACAGUUCCUGUGAUGAAUUUGAAGAAGAAUUUGAAAGGAAAUCUGCUGUUGUUGCUGAUAUUAGGUCAUCCACAAAAAUGGGAGCACCAAGGAAAUCUGGGAAAGGGCUAGGUAAAGGUGGUGCUAAAAGAAUUAUAUAUGAGGCGGAUGAGGAGGAGGAGGAGGAGGCAGAGGAGGAGGAGGAGGAGGAGCAGGAGGAGGAGGCGGCGGAGGAGGAUGAGGAGCAGGAGCAGGUUGAGGAGGAGGAGCAGGAGGAGGCAGAGGAGCAGGAGGAACAAUUGAUGGUAGACUCAACCACUGAACUUUUGAACACGGGGGAUUGUAAUAAAAAUGUAUGGAAAACUACAGAUGCAAGCAGAAAAAGGACAGCCUCCCAAAUAGUGGAUGAAGACAUUGAAAUUGAUUUAGAUUAUGAUCUAACUUCUAAAUUAUCCGACAAUUUUUUAUCAUCACUGGACCCCCAUUAUUCACCAGCCACCCCAGCCUUAUCACCAAUGUCACUAGAAUAUACAACAACAUCUCCAAAAUAUUCACCAACCAGCCCAUCAUAUUCACCAACCAGCCCAUCCUAUUCACCAACCAGCCCAUCCUAUUCACCAAGCAGCCCAAUGUACAAACCUACUGCUGCUGUUUAUCAGCCAGCAAGUCCAUUUUAUACGCCUACCUCUCCUCCUUACCAACAAGGGAAGAGGAGAACAAAAUCUGGAGCUGCUGUCUGUCAAAAAUUUGGUGCAUCACCGCAAACAAAACUGAAAGAUGUACCAACACAGGGGUUUGAUUUUGGGACUUCAUUUGGUGCUUCACUUCAAACAACACAAAAUGAUGUACCAACACAUGGUGGUUUUGGCUCUUUUGGGGCUUCAAAAACAGCAGCUUCUAGUAGUUUGAUAAGGCAACAAUCUUCUCUUCAAACAACCCCAAACAAUGUCCCAACAAAUGGUUUUGGCUCUUUUGCGGCUUCAAAACCUGCCGUUUCUAGCAGUUUACAGAAUCAAGGAUUUUCAUUUGGUGCUUCACUUCAAACAGCCCAUAGUGAUGUACCAAGACAAGGGUUAGGCUUGUUUGGCGCUUCAGAACUAGCGACUUCUAGCAGUUUACCAAGUCCAUCAUUCUCAUUUUACACUUCACUUCAAAGAGCAACAAACAAUGUACCAACACAAGAUUUGGGCUCUGGGUUAACUGUAAAUCAAACAUCUGCAUUUGGAGGUCCAUUGCAUGCUGCACUACGCGAUGUGCCAGCACAGGGGUUUGGCUUUGGGUUGACAACAUUAGCAGCUCCGAGUAGUAUUCCAAGUUGCUUUGGUGCUCCAAUGCAAACAGAACUAAACACUUUACCAUCACUAGGUUUAAACUCUGGAGUUUCAAAGCAAGCAGCUUCAACUUAUCAAGGUGUUUCAACACCAAGCAGUGCACUUACCAAAUUGCAAGAAUAUGGAUUUGUUGCAAAACCAGCAGCUUUGAAUACUCUCCAGACAGUGCCAACUGAAUCAGAAGAAACUACCCAGUAUUUUGGAGGUGGUUUUGGUGGUGUAGUUAUUUCUCAAAAUGAAAGUUUUGGCAGUAGAGGUAGUGGAAAUUACGAGUAUAAUUGUGGUUCAAGAAGUUCCAUUCGUCAAAGUUUUAGGGAAGGUAGUGUUGGCAGAGAUGGUCAAGGUAGAGGUUUUAGAGGUGAUAGGGGCGGUUACGGCGGUGGUUUUAGGGAUGGUCCUGGUGUGGGUGGGAGAGGUGGUCAUGGCUGGGGUGGAAGAGGUGGUCCCGGUGUGGGUGGGAGAGAUGGUCCCGGUGUGGGUGGGAGAGGUGGUUCCGAUGUGGGUGGGAGAGGUGGCCCCGGUGUGGGUGGGAGAGGUGGCCCCGGUGUGGGUGGGAGAGGUGGCCCCGGUGUGGGUCGGAGAGAGGUGUGGUCGUGGCUGGGGUGGAAGAGGUGGUCCCGGUGUGGGUGGGAGAGGUGGCCCCGGUGUGGGUGGGAGAGGUGGCCCCGGUGUGGUUGGGAGAGGUGGCUCCGGUGUGGGUGGGAGAGGCGGUCCCGGUGUGGGUGGGAGCGGCGGCCCCGGUGUGGGUGGGAGAGGCGGCCCCGGUGUGGGUGGGAGAGGCGGUCCCGGUGUGGGUGGGAGAGGUGGUCUCGGUGUGGAUGGGAGAGGUGGUUCCGAUGUGGGUGGGAGAGGUAG